AAAUCAACGAUGUUGGUUAAUACAUGGCUUCUUGCCUUGAUGUUACAAUUGCUACAUGGGGUGGCAGGCUCUUUGGUAAAACUCAACAAUGGAGGGUUUGAAGACAUUGUUAUUGCAAUUAAUCCUCAGUUACCAGAAGAUGACAAAAUUAUCAACAGUUUAAAGGAAAUGGUUAAAGAGGCAUCUACUUAUCUGUUCAAUGCUACAGGACAAAGAUUUUAUUUCAAGACUAUAAAAAUUAUUGUUCCUUUGACAUGGACAAACAAAAAUGAAUACAGAAGAGUAACCAUAGAGUCCUAUGAACAGGCAGAUGUCAUAGUGGCUGAUCCUUAUCUGAAAUAUGGAGAUGAUCCAUACACCUUGCAGUAUGGCGGAUGCGGAGAACCGGGACGAUAUAUUCAUUUCACAUCAAACUUUCUGACAAAUAACAGUUUGCAUAAUGUUUAUGGACCACGAGGUAGAGUCUUGGUCCAUGAGUGGGCUCAUCUCAGAUGGGGUGUAUUUGAUGAAUACAACAAUGAUGCACCUUUCUAUACUGCUGGACAAAACAAGGUUGAAGCAACAAGAUGCUCAGCUGAUGUCACUGGUAAAUAUGUAUUCCAAACUAAAGAUGGAAGAACAAGAGCAUGCAAAUAUGAUUACCGAACUCAGUUGUAUGAAGCUGGGUGCCAAUUUGUACCAGAUAGAAAGCAAAGUACUCCAGCAUCUAUAAUGUACAUGCAAAGCCUCUCUUCAGUUACUGAAUUCUGCAACAACAGUAGCCAUAACAUUAAUGCAACAAAUAUGCAUAACAAACUAUGCAACUACAGAAGCACCUGGGAAGUUAUCAUGACCUCUAAAGACUUUGUUGGUUCAUCUCCAUUAAGUGCUCCUCCACCUGACCCAAAUUUAUUUUUGCUACAAACCCAGGAUAGAGUUUUGUGUCUGGUACUUGAUGUUUCUGGUAGUAUGUCUUCAUUUAAUCGCAUCAAUCGAUUGAAGCAAGCUGCAGAAAUAUUUAUCCGUCAGAUUAUUGAAAGUGGUUCCUGGGUUGGAAUUGUCACAUUCAAUAGUGCUGCAACAAUUAAGGCUCAACUUCAACAGAUAGUUAGUGACAACGUGCGUGAGUCUCUUGUAAACUUUCUGCCUACGUCAGCUGCUGGAGGAACUAGUAUCUGUUCAGGAGUGAGAAAAGGAUUUGAGGUUUUUUUACAGAAGUACCCAAGUACUGAGGGUUGUGAAAUUGUGCUGUUAACAGAUGGAGAAGAUUCAACUGUGAGUUCUUGCUUUGGUGCAGUUGAACAAAGUGGGUCGAUAAUUCAUACCAUUGCCUUAGGGCCAAGUGCUGCAAAAGAACUAGAAAUGUUGGCAAACAUGACUGGAGGAUUGAGAUUUUCCGCCACUGAUAGCUUGGAUUCCAACAGUCUUAUAGAAGCUUUCACUGGAAUUUCUUCAAGGGACGGAAAUAUCUCUCUACAAGCUAUUCAGCUUGAAAGUAAAGGUCAGAACACCCAGCCUUUUCAGUGGCUGGACGGCAUCGUAUCCAUGGAUAAAACUGUGGGAAAUGAUACAUUCUUCAUAGUUACUUGGAGUGACAGUAUAUACCAACCUGCAAUAUUUCUGACUGAUCCAAAAGGGAAAAAGUACGGCAACAUAGACUUUGUUGUUGAUAAUACUAAUCAACAUAUGGCUCGACUCAAGAUUAAUGGAACUGCAGAGGUGGGAAAUUGGUAUUAUCAAAUUCUGAAUACACACACGGCAGCUCAAGUCUUAUCAAUGACAGUCACCACUAGAGCCGCAUCACUGACUAUUCCCCCAGUGACCGUGAAGCCCUAUUUGAAUAAAGAUACCAAUAACUACCCUAAUCCAAUGAUCAUUUAUGCAGAAGUGAGUCAAGGGUUUUUGCCUGUUAUCGGUGCAAAUGUCACAGCCACUGUUGAACCAGCAUCUGGAGCCGCUGUAGAGAUACCUCUUUAUGACUCUGGUUCAGGUGCUGAUAUUCGCAAGUCUGAUGGAAUCUACUCAGGAUAUUUCACAUCUUUCAAUGGAAAUGGAAGAUACAAUAUAAAAGUGCGUGUCCAAGGAACAAAUAAGACUGCCAGACGUGUCCGGAGAUAUAGUCAAGCUCUGUAUGUACCAGGCUAUGUAGAAGAUGGUGUAAUACAAAUGAACACACCAAGACCUGAAGUCAGUGAGGAUGAACUCCAACCAGACCUAGGAGAUUUCAGCAGAAUUGCAUCAGGAGGUUCUUUUGUAAUGGCAGGAGCUCCUUCAAGUAGUUCAAGUCUUCCAGAUGUCUUUCCACCUUGUAGAAUCACUGACCUUGAAGCACAGUUAGAAGAUGAUGAAUUCCUUUUGUCAUGGACAGCUCCUGGGAACGACUAUGAUACUGGAAAAGCGGAAAGAUACGAAAUAAAAAUGAGUGAAAAUCCCUUGGAAUUAAGAAAUGCUACUUUUGAUACAGCCAUUUCUGUGAACACCUCUGGCCUGACGACUGAUUUUGCGGGAGUCAAACAAUCCUUUCAAUUCCAGCCUGCAAACUUCACAAAAGAAAAUGGCACCACCAUCUACUUUGCAAUUCGGGCCAUUGAUGACAGCAACAAUGUUGGGGAAGCAUCCAAUAUAGCAAGGACAGUUGUACUUGUUUCCACAGUCCCUACUACAUUCUCUAGUACAGCUGGCAAUUACACCACUGCAAGAACAGCUGGACUUGUUUCCACAAUUCCUACUACAUUCCCUAGUACAGCUGGCCACCACACCACAGCCUCUAAUAUGGAAAACACCUCUCUUACUUCUCCUAAUAAGGAAAAGAGUAACAACAUUAUAACUACAACUGUUAUUAUAGUGAUCAUAGUAUGUGCUUCUCUAAUUAUUAUUUGUGUUAUUGUCAGUAUAACCGUUUGUGUUUCACAAAAACGAAGAAACAGAAAUCCUGCGACUGCAAUGUAA